AUCGAAUAUUCUCGAGUAAAAUUCCUUGUAUAUUUUCAUCUAUAAAUUUAGAGUAAAAUCCUCUUUGUUUUUUGUGGGACAGAUUAAAGAGCGAGACAUACAGUACAAAUUUCUUCUGAAAAUGGCGUUUUUCUCGAGAACGAAACGAGUUACUGACCCGCUAGAUGACCGGGUCAAGGACAGGAUCGUCGGCCGUGAUAGGCUGGAACCGGUGUAUGUAAGCAGCGGUAGCGAACACAGUGCCGGCAGUGGUGGUUACCAUGACGAUUCAUCUCCGUCUCCUUGUCUGUCUAAUCUGCUUCCUUGCUUCUUGCAUCGAGAAGAAGAAGAAGAAGGUGGUGGUGGUGGUGGAUGCUGUAAUGAUAAAGCCGAUGAUGAAGGUUGUCAGUUGAACGACAAGGAAGUUGAUUCCGAUUCCGAUUCCGAUUGUGAAUCUGAUCGUACGGAUAAAAUUAUUGAAAUCAUGCGUUCAAUGUGGAGGAAUCAAAAUGUUGAUAGGUUUAGAGUUGUGUUGAUGGCUCAUGUUAUGAAAGGUAUGGAGAUUUUUCAAGCUCUGAGACCUAAUCAACAAAUUCUCCAUAGAAACAUGAUGUUGUUUCUUCAAAAUAUUGGCUACAAUGCGGCGAUUUGUAAGACGAAGUGGGAGAGCUGCGGCGGACUUACUGCCGGUAAUUACGAGUUCAUCGACGUAGUUAGAUCCGAUUCAGGCGCUCGCUACUACAUCGAUCUCAAUUUCGCCGGAGAGUUCGAGAUCGCUAGAGAGACAAACCAGUUCCGCCGCCUCUCACACCACCUCCCGACGGUUUUCGUUGGUAAAAGUGAAGAUCUAAAACAGAUCGUCAAGUUGAUGAGCGACGCCGCGAAGCGUUCGUUGAAAACCAGAGGAUUAUUCCUCCCUCCAUGGAGGAAAAACCGAUUCAUGCAGAACAAGUGGUUCGGCCCCUACCGUCGUACGAUAAACUACACUCCGAUGAACAUCUCGUCGGCAUCUGCGGUACCGACGAUAUCGACGGCUUCUCCCGUCAAAUGCCGGUCGAUCGGAUUUAACGCCGUUAGUAACGCUUCGUUAGUGCCCGCGGCAACCCGUACAAGAUAAACUAAAAUAUUUCCUUAACUACGUAAAUAACUUUUUGGUUUUGAUAAAAGAGAGUCAAUAUUUUUGUAUUUGAAUCUGCACGUUUUUCAGGCAACUGCUAACGUUGACACGUGUCGUGUAUA